AUGUUAAUUAUCAGCGCUCCAUUUCAUACAAACGAAAGACAAGUCGUGCGCCAGACGUGGCUUUCCUACUUGGUCAACAAUUCUAGGUCGCUCGGACGAUCGAACGUGCGAGCUUUCAAAGACCCCACAGAUGCGGCUAAUGAUUUGGUCAUCCACUACUGGUUCGUUUGUGGGCACUACUACGACAACGAAAGCGAUAUCGAAGGAGCCGUCAAUAAUGAGAGCAAUGUGUACGGAGACAUCUUGAGGCUCGAAUACACAGAGUCAUAUAUAUUGUUGGUCCAUAAGACCUUGAGUUCUUUGCGGUUCGCUUCGAAAAUGGACGUUCGAUUUGUCCUCAAAAUAGACGAUGACGUGUAUCUGCAUUUUCCCAGGAUGAUUUGGUGGCUCAGAACUGCCUCUUUACCCGAUAAGCUGUACGGUGGCUAUUUACUGCCUAAAACAAAAGUGAUAAGGGAUCCAUUGCACAAAUGGCAUGUAAGCGAGCAACAUUAUAAUGAGACUUACUUUCCUCCAUACUGCAAUGGGCCCUUUUAUUUCAUGUCUAAAGCUGUUGUUCUCGAAGUGCUUGAGGCCUCUUUCACCGAAGGCUCUUCAGUCUUUUCCUUCCCUUUAGAAGACGUGUUCAUAGGGAUGUUAGCACAGAAGGUUGGUGUGAAGCCAAUUCAACUCAAACACGUUGGAGUUCGUAUAGAGCCCAGGAUUCCAAAGAAAGCGUGGAUACGCUGGAAUGACAGCAACCUUAUCAAGUAUUAUGUAGUAGGACACGGUCUCACACGCGACCAGAUGUUUGGAUUUCACAGCAGAUAUCGCAAACUGCCUUUCAAUGUUUCAUUUCCCCCGAUCGAACCCACGCUCCAACCAUAA